AGUGAUUCAAAGUUUUUAUUAUAAGAAGAUAUAAAUGAUCAAAAAAAAAUUUGAGCAGAAAAAAAAUCUUUAAUAAAUAUCAAUAUUAAAAUCAUGAUGGUCCGUGUUUGUGGAGCAAUCAUGAUGGUUUUUGUUCAAACCAAAUCAGAACCAUGCAAAACAUAUUCAUGGAGACGUUGAAAGUCAUGAUGGUCCAUGUUUGUGGAGCAAGAAGCAUCAUUUUAAACGUUGUUUUUCUUUACUCAUCCGUUUGAAAAGGUAUACAAUGUCAUAAACAUUCCCAUACUUGAAUUUGCCUCUUAAUAUUCUAACGUUUAUUUCAUAGAAACGAAAAUCUUCUUUUGUGUGUGGCUCAGUUAUUGUCUGACUUCGUUGCUUAAACCCAUGAGCAACCAACAAGGGUUAUUUAGUAUUCAAAUUAGUAAAUAGUUUUUCUUAUACCAUUGAACCAAAACAAGGACCAAAACUUAAUUUUAGUCUUUGGUCAUAUAUGGCCGACGGGUUGUAUAUCGAUUUUUGUAGUUUCCUUUUUCGUUUUUAUUGGGGGAUGGAUAAGCUUAUAUGUAUAUGGGACUAGUUACGUAUUAAUAUAAAGCCUAAUGAAUAAAUAUACAAUAUAUAUAUAUAUAUAUUUUUUAUAUUUAUUAGAGACUAAAAAGGAAAUACUAUAUUUAUAUUUAUUAGAGACUAAAAAGGAAAUACUAAAGUUAUAUAUAUAUAUAUAUAUAUAUAUAUCUGAUCAGGACGACCGUAUGAAUCAAGAGAAGAUUUGUUCUUCUUUUUUUUCACCGAAUUAAUCAACUGCCGAUUCUCCUAGGGUUUAAUCUGUCGAAGAUGGCAGAAAUUACUGAAAAUCGUGGUGGUAGAGUUGAAGAGAUAGGUUGUGAAGAUAGGAUCAGUGCCUUGCCGGAUGAUUUACUUGUGAGGAUACUUUCGUCUAUCCCGACAAAAGAUGCUAUUUCUACCAUGAUUCUGUCUAAGCGAUGGCGUUUUGUCUGGACGAUGCUGCCCAUACUUGCGUACCAAGAAAGCAAAAGCAAAAUAAGUGUUUGGUGGUUUCUUAACAAGUCAAUGGAAUUGCACAAAGCACCUGUCCUACAUAACUUGUCUAUCCAACUAGGUCGACGUUGUCCUACUGAUGCUGAUGUCGGAAAGUGGGUUGAAAACGCUGUUAAUCGUGGCGUGAGAGAGCUAUUUUUCACGCUACAAUGGUCCGCAGAUCCAACCAGAUUGCCUAAGAGGCUUAACACAUGCAAAACUCUCUUGCAUCUAAAACUCUCCCACAAGAUUCUCGUGGAUUUUCCUACUUCUUCUUGCCUCCCAUCCCUGGAAAAACUCGAACUUUACUAUGUGGUGUAUAAAGACGAGGCUUCUCUUGAUGCGCUCUUAUCUAGCUGCCCAGUUCUUGAGUUACUGUCUGUGAUGCGUAAAGAGGAUGACAACGUUGCCAAGUUCACUGUAAAAGUGCCUUCUUUACGGGUCUUAGUGUAUUUUAAUGCCAUGUCACCAGAUGAGAAUGAUGUAGUAGAUCCCGGUAGGUCUUUAGUUGUGGAUACUCCUGCAUUAAAACACUUUUAUAUUGGUGACCAUUCAGGAGACUCUUGGUCGAUCAAGAGUAUGCCUUGUCUCCUGAAUGCUUCUAUUAGUGGUCAGAGUUUCCAUGAUACAUGCAAGUUGUUAAAAUCUGCUUAUGCAGUCACGUCUCUUGAGUUGGAUUUGACAGAUGAAUUGGCUGUGUAUUGUAGCACCAUCGAAUUCCCACAGCUGAUACAGUGUACCAUAUCACCAUGCAACUCAGACUGGAUGGAUUCACUCAUUUUUUUUCUUCGGAAUACUCCUAAACUAAAAAAAUUUACUGUUGACUAUAGUUUAACCGAUGAACCUCCUGACGCCUCUGCUUCAUGGAUGCUACGGUUCCCUCGUCCAGAAUGCUUGUCAUCAAGUCUGGAGAAGUUUGAACUGAUAGACUAUGGAGGAAGAAUAGAAGAGAAAGAAUUGGUGGAAUACAUCCUAGAAACUUCCAAGUGUUUAAAGACUGUCACAAUCUCCUUGAGGUCCAAACUUAAAAACAAAAAGAAAAAAAUGAAGAGGCUGAAUGCUAUAUUCCUAAGGUUCAAUAGCAUUUCAUUUUCUGUUCAAACUUAAACAUAACUAAUUUAGGUUCCUAUUUUUUUAUCUACUGUUAAAGUUUGUUAUUAGGUUUUGGACACAUUUAUCUAAUUAUCAAACGUUUGUUUGCUUUUCUUUGAUGCCCUUCUGUGGUUUUGGACACAUUUAUCUAAUUAUCAAACGUUAGUUAGGUUCAAAGAUUUUAUCAAAAAGAAUUGUUCAAAGUAAACCGAAGAGGAUCAGUGCCUAAAACACGAACCUCCCAACAGCAACAGCACUUCAAAUAUUCUCCCACCUUAAGUUUCAUCCUGUUAUGAAAGACUCCUCAAAACUUCCUCGUCGAGCACUUCACGUAACCUAAAUGGACUACCUUGGGCUACAUACGAAUGAAGUCUCCUCUCCUUCGUUACACUCCUAGCAAUCAAGAAAGCACUUUCGCUCGUUUCGCUCGUCACAAGAUCCACCUUCCAAUCGGUUACCUUCCUCAGAACUUCCGUUAUCUCCAUACUAUACGCACGAAACGCCGGCCAAGCGUUUGGUCUGUUUAAAGACCCCACUAAUUCUGAAGCUUCUAUCUCAAAACUCACAUUAGGCACUCGAUGAGACACCAUACUCUCCACUGCCCAAAUCAGACCCAGCCGCUUAGCCUCAAGCAGGGAAGGCACUCCAUUGAAAGCUCUUCUACUGUGUAACAUGGCAUCACCAGAAUUAUUCCUCACGAUCCAACCCAUCCCAGCCAGAAGAAGAAGAGUGAGAGUGUCAGUAACCGGUCACACACAUGCAUCAUGCAUGCCAUGGGCCACGAACAAUAUAUGUAUCCAACUUCUUUACAAAAUAAUUGAAGAUAACACUGCAUGGGGGUUUCUAUAUUCACUUUCUGAAGUAGUGAGCAAAACUAAAUCAGAUCCGAAUUACCUUGCAUGAAAUGUUGGUAGCCGAGCUGGAAGUUGAUCAGAUGCCCAGAAGCAAUAGGAGCAAAAGCAAAACGCUAAAAGGGUUUAGCAAACUUGGAAUUUCAGUUCAUAUAAAAAGUGGGGUUUCUAGUGAAGUAGCUUAUCUUUCUACUUUCUACACAAUCUUCUGUGUUGGCUUCAGGAACUUGAACGCCUGAAGUAGCUGGUUCAGAUGUCUCUCACUUCUUCAGAAGGAAACUUGUCAUCAAGCUCGUGCAAUAUGAACUAGAUCAUGAAAACAUCACUAUGAGACAAGGUUACACUAGAGAACUUAAUGAAUCCAGUGCACCUGAUGACGUUUCUUGAUAAUAACAACAAUGGAGGAUAAUUAUAUUAAUCUGAACUUAAAGAGAGGAUAUAUGUCCUCCCAGUUCUCAUUACAUGAGGGUAUCUACUUACCAAGAUUCUACUUUAGCCAAGUGAACCCCAUUUACCAAUUACCACCACAUGGAACAUCUAAACCUAAAAGAAGCUGCAUUAUCGACCCAAUAGCUCAUACAAAAGUUGGAUAUUAAUCUCUAUGAAUGGACAACGAGGUUGAAAGAUCGAUUCCUAUGAAUGAAAAUGUGAUGUAUAAAAUCUAGACUCUUAUCUGGGUGAACAUGGUUCCAGGCUUGAUCAACCAAGAAUAUGUCUGUGCCCCAUGAUUACACAAAGUUUCAACCUCGGACUCCAGCUAAGCCUGUACCAAAAGAAUAAUGUUUCUUCAGUUACCAAUCAAACUCAGUUUUCGACUGAAAUUGAUAUUUUUCUUAAAGUGAACCCAAGUAAGUACCAAAUGGUGGCUUAAACUGUGUGACUUAUUUGUUUUCAGUUUUAUAGACACAUUAUAAUUAAGACCGAAAAUCUAAAUUUUGCAUGAUGGAAAAUAAUCAUUAUAACUUACACGCAUUAACAAGCAUCGAAGCAAGGCCAUCCAGAAUAGUUAACUUAACAUUUGAUAUGAUCAUUCCAGCUUCUAUCAAAAUAUAUUCGUUUAUAUCCGCCAACAAGGAUCUCUAUUAAAACAAAAGACACUCAAGAAGUAUACAUGUAACGGUUAUAAAAUGCUGCCUUCUGAUUCUCACUACCUGAAGGUUUUUAAGAUUAAGUUUUUGCCUAGUGAAACCCGAUCUACCCAUGAGGGAGAACCACAUGGAACUUCUUAACCUAAAAAAAAAAUAUAUCAACAAAUUACCUAGACUAUUUUCUGGUUGUAUAUGGUUCCAGGCUUCCAGCCUUGAUCAUGUUCUAUCAUAGGUAUCGACCGACAGUAAUAAUGUAAAUGUGGACGUUAAUAUCGAGAGACGUGGCAUUAUUAAUUCCCAAGAGACGCACUUACUUUGGAGAAGUUGAAGUCAUUACUUUAUGUAAGCAAGUAAACCGAUAAAUUAAUGUUCAAUUUGGUUUUUGUAAGAUAGCACUUUGGUUUGGGCUAUUUAACUCACUGGUCCAUACGGUGGAUCUAGUUAGGCCCAAUGAUUUCCCAUAACAAAAAAACCUCUCUAAUUAUUUGCUUGAUUUUCGGUUCGGUUUGGUUGACUGUGAUGUUUCGGUUUGAUUUGGUUAUAUACGACGCUGAAGAAAUUUACAAAAUAGUUGCAAUAAAAGAAUUUCUUUCUAUAAGGUAAGUUUUUUACUCUAGAUAAUGAGAUGAAGAGUUAUCAAAUCAAACAUAAAAUCCCGAGGGAUAGUAAAUGAUCGAGUGCGUGUAAAGACAGAGGAUAGUGCGUCUAAAUUGAGUCUUCUUCAGUAAGGUGGAACAUAGCCAGAGUUUCUGGUUGCGUUGGAGAGAUGCUAAUUUCUGUGUCAAUCCUCCUUUCUUUCCUCGCCAACUUCUCUGCUUUCUUUCUUUCCUUGUCUUUUUUGGCAUUUUCUUCAGCCUCCAAUCUGGCUUCUUCAGCCAUCAGAAGCUCCUCUUUAGCCUUCAAAAGCUUCUCUUCAGACAUAAAGAGUUGUGGGCAACAAGAGUUCAAGUACUGAACGUAGCUGAACUAGUCACAAAUUCAUAAUAACAUACAUAAUAACAUCUAGCGAUCGAUUAGGUAUACCAAAUCGUGUGAAUCAGAGUGACUUACAUUAGCGAUGUCAGCAGCAACAUGGAGGUUAGCAUUCAUCAAAGCUCUGGAACCAAGAAAAUUAUCCACGAAUCUCUCCGUGAAUCUGCAAAACAAGAGAUAGAGAGAAUCUGAAUCAAAUAAGAUGAGAGACUGAAACAGAAAACAAGAGAAUCAUCAGGAUUUAGACAAAGCGUUGACUGAUAAGUACGAUCUGAAUGUACCUCACAUGUGCACAAUAUUUGUAAUUUAUUUUCAGACAUAAAUGUUGACAUUAGACAAUAGUAAAGUGUAGCUAGAAGGGAACAUAAAAGUUUAUAGCAUAUCCAUUGAUAAUUUGGAAUUGCUUUGUAACGAGUUGUUUUAUACAUUUGCGGUAUAUAGGUAAAACAUUAAACUUCUUGUUUUUGUUUUGUUUUCUUUGUACUCAACAUCAAACUUUCAUAAC